AUGCCAAAAAUCAAAUCUGGCAAAAGAGAGAACGUUUCUAUCAUUGCUCACCAUCCACUUCCAAUUCUUCCGGCGCUCACAUCCGAGACUACAACUACAAUGACGACCACGACAACAUCCAUUUUCACGGUCACUCCAGAACAACAGGCAACUAUUGACCAAACGGUCAGCAUCAGUCAAGAAACCAUGUCUGAACACGACUUAAAAAUGCUACGCGAUCCUCCACAAUUGAACUUUCAUUCAAAUGAAUUUAUGCCAUCUUCUCUUACUCAGCAUCCGAUGUCUAUGCCAGAAGAUUUAUCCAUGUAUUAUGAUACAUUGGCUGCAUCUCUCUCUUCACUUUCAUCUUCAAAUGAAUUUAGUUCCGACUACAAUAAUUUCGCUAAUGGACUUGUAAUUACCAGCACAACCAACAAUGACCUUCAAGACUUUACUUUUGAGACUCUUACUCCUUCUAUUUCACCUAAUUAUGCGAUUAGUGAAGAUGCUGGGUAA